UCCACAAUGAGCCCCCUAGAAGGAUGGACCCAUCAGCAGGCACAGGUUGCACUCCCAGACUUAUAUGUCCCUAUCUGUAAGCAAUAUUCCCAUAUAGCUGAGCAAACUGUGUCCUAAUAUACAGAAAGGCUUUUGGACAGAUUAGAUAGUGUAAUGAACUGCAAUCAUUGGUGGCACAGCUGAUAACAAGCAGACAAGGGUGUUUUGUCCUUUGAUAUUUUCUGACAGAUAGCAACAGCGGAGAAAAUGCUGUGUGUUUUGUUCCAUAGCACUUAGCAUUUAUAAGACUUUGUAACUACAGUGGAACCUCAAUUUUACAUCCCCUGAUUUAAAGUUUUCCCUGAUUUUAUAUUGUUGUUUUGUGGUCCCGCCUAUAUAUUAUGCAUAAUACAUUUCCCUGAUUUUACAUUUUCCUGGAUUUUACAGGUCCCCUGAAAACGUAAAAUGUUCUACUGUAGUUACAAACUCGACUAUUUGUAUCAGACUGGGCCACAAGAGCUGUAUUUCCCUUGCCUAAUAUUGACCCUGCUAUUGCUGGAGAAUCCCAGGAGAAACAUUGGGCCCACUGAGGCUAGGACUUAUAAUUAGUAUGAAUAUACAUUUCAUGGAAUUGAAAAAAUAUCUUAUUCCCAAAUUAAGGACCCAAAAAGCCCAAGGAGCAAAACAAGGAGCACUAAAUGCUGCAGCCAGAUGUCCAUGAAGAUCCGUUCCACUGAAGCACUAACUAAGCUCUAGUGUCUGCAAGUUAACUCAGGACGGCCCACCCUUUCAAAGAGGCAAAUAAUCUUGCUAAUGAAGAAGAGCGUAAUAGGAUUAACCAGCUCUUUUCAGGACCGGAAUAAUAGAGCAUCUGUAACAAGCAUCCUUCCAAUGGAAAGGGCAAGUGUUAAUUUGGGAGGAGCCUGCUCAAACCAAAUAGAAUAGUGGUUCCUUGUAGUUUUUCCACAUCUAAACCAUACUCUUCCCAAUCAAGUGAAGCUGGUCACUGGGGAGACUACGAUCUCAGGGAAGAAACUUUAAGCACCAGGAGACCAGCAGCACAUGCCCAGCAACAUGCUCUCUAGCCUGCUCAGCCCAUUCCAGGAGAUGGAUACCAACUUAUCCAAGGAAUUGAUGUCUCUUCUGUCUGAGAGGAGAUUUAACAUUAGUCCUACUGAAGAACAGGAAAGCACCUAUUUGUCUUGCCCUAUCAACUUAAAUAAAAAUGAGAAGAGUUGGAAGAAAUUAACAGAAUUCAGUGUUGAAACUAAGGAGAGAUUAUGGAACUGCAACAACCAGCUUUCUGUCCCAAGUCCCCUCUGCCGCAUCCCUUUCCUAGCUGACCGCUCUGUAAGUAUGAUUGAAGAGAGCAAAAAUCUCUUGUCUCCACCCAAGCCACUCUCUUCCCGAUACAAGACUGAACUUUGCCGUACUUUCCAUGAGAUUGGUUCUUGCAAGUAUGGCUCAAAGUGCCAAUUUGCACAUGGGUCUGAAGAGCUCAGAGGGCUCAACCGACACCCCAAGUACAAGACAGAGCUGUGCCAAACUUACCACACUAUUGGCUUCUGCCCAUAUGGAUCUCGCUGCCACUUUAUCCACAAUGCAGAAGAGCAAAGGUUCAUUAAGAGUACAAAGGGCCAGUGGCGUCCACUUCUGAGGCACAGUAUAAGCUGCUCAGGAAUCCCUUCUUCCACUUCUUUAGAUUCCCUCUUUUCAUCCUCACUCUCUCCCUUUUCUGCAGCUUCUCCCACGUUUUCCCCUUCUGCGUCCAUUUUUGGCUCUGGCCCAUCCUCUCCGACUUCUUCUCUUGUGACACUUAAUUUGGCACCUUUCUUUCGCCCAGCAUCGCCCCCAUCACCAGUCAUACAAAGCCCCAUCUCUGUAAAGGAGUUGGCCCAGCUGCCACCCUACAGGAGGUCAGAACCAAGCACUGAAUGCCUCCAGGACUGUUUUUUAGAUAAGGAUCAAGAGAUUAGUGCUUUGAAAGACUGCAAGGAGAACUGUAGCAAUUCUAGUGAAGCCAAACGUCUCCCAAUUUUCAGCCGCCUGUCUGAUUAAUGGGCGAACUUUAUUCAUCUUCAGACCAUGCACAGAAAAUGUAAUUCUGGCCUUCCUUUAAAUGUUAAGAACUCGGUAAACAUGCACAUAAUUAUGUUAUUCCGGUAAGGAUAUCAUAGGUGUGAAGAAAAAUGUUUUAAAGAGUAAAAAAAUAUGUGGUAAAUCUUGUGCCAAAGGCUAUAUCAGGGGUCCCCAACCUUUUUUACCUGUGAGCCACAUUCAAAUGUAAAAAAGAGUUGGGCAUGAAAAAUUCCAUUGGGUGCCAAAUAAGGGCUGUGAUUGGCUAUUUGGUAGCCCCUGUGUGAACUGGCAGCCUGCAAGAGGCUCUACAUGGCAAAAUACUUUUUAUGCAAUUAAAACUUGCUUUCAAGCUUAGAAUUCAAAAAUAAUCACCUGCUUUGAGGACCCUGAGAGAAACAUCCAAGGGGUUGGAGAGCAACAUGUUGCUCAUGUGCUACUGGUUGGGGAUCACUGGGAUAUGUGGUCAUGAGAAAAGGCAUCCAAGUAAUAAUAUCAUCUAUACAGGCUGUGCUAAAAAACUAAUAAUGACAAGCAAAGCACCAGGAUCACAGACUGUGGCUAUAAAUAUUUUGACAGUUUUAGCAAAAAAUAAAAAUUAAAUACUAGGGAGUGAAAGAGACUUUGGGAGUGAAAGAUCUGUACUCUAAUGCCUGUGACUUGGUAGUCUUUUUUUGUUUGGUACAAAGCAGGGCUAAUUCCAACCAUGUCAAGUACUCUAUUUAGUUUUACUUUUUUCCUCUCUGUCUAUUCAGUACAACAUCAAAAUAUUUGUUUGUUUAAAAUGUUUUUUUACAGCCUUUAUCCCCCUUCUUUACAAAAUGAAUUGCUUUGGUGGGUAGAGUUCUAGGAAUGUGGCACUUACAGCAACUGCAUAGAGCCUUCAGGUAGUAGUAACUCCUACAUUUUUUCAAACUCAAAAUCCUCAUUGGUGUUUGUGGGAAUUGAGUUAGCACCAAUUAUUUGCAGAAACUUUCAAUUAGGGGUAGAUUUAUCAAGGGUCUGAUUGAAAAUUUUAAUUCGAAAUUCGAAUUGUCGAAUUUAUCUAGGGUCAAACUGUCAAAUUAGACUAGGGAGUUAUUCAAAUUUGAGUUUUUAAAAAGAAUUCUUAUUCAAUUUUUGAGAUUUAUCUACGGUCAAACUGUCAAAUUCGACUAGGGAGUUAUUAAAAUUUGAGUUUUUUUUAAAAAAUUCUAAUUCGAUUUUUGAGAUUUAUCAAACUCUGGCCCUUUAAGAGCUCAAAUUCGACUAUUCGGCACCUAAAACCUGCAGAAUUGCUGUUUGCAAUGGUAGAUGUCCAGGGGAUCAGUUUGGAGUUGACAGCAGCCUUCCUGACAUUAGAGUUUUUUUCGAAGAAAAAAAACUAGAAUCGAGUUUUUUAAAUUUGAAUUGAAUUCGAUUUGAGUUUUCUGGUCCAUUUAAUUCAUGCGAGUUUGAAAAAUUUGAUUUUUAUAAUAAAUUUAGAUUUCGAAUGUAUGGGAGUUUAGGGGAGUUUUUGAAAACUCGCAUGAAUCCGAAAUUCGACCUUGGAUAAAUGUGCCUCUUAAUAUUCUUAAAGUUCUCUUAAUUUGUGAAGAAAUGGUGACAACAAUUCACAUAUCCAGUGUACCUAAAGGGUAAAUCAGCCUUUAUACUGCAGUAUACAGUGUGGGUCAAUUUAUUCUCUGUGUGGGGCAUUUAUCUGUUUCUGUGCGUAAUUUUUCUGGUGGUGCUAUUAAUGUUUGACAUUGUUACCACCCUGUGUAUAGUAAGGAAUGUACUGCAGAUCUGCCAAAUCUUCCCAAAAUACUUUGCUGCACACAUUCCGAUUUAUAUAUUUUUGUAGUACAGGGUUUGUAAGCAUUUUCUGCUGCAAACCUCCAGAUUAGGAAUGAGUUGGUCCAGUAAUGGUCACAGCAGUGCAUCUACAGUAGGUACAUGGCAAUAAAGAUGCUCUGUAUGAUGGCUGGAUUGGACAGAAGUGAAUUUUAUAGCAGGACCCUACAAAUCUAUUUAAUGUGAUUGGCCACAUAUAGUGCCCAUGUAGGUAAGACUCUUAGGGCAGAUUUACUAAAGGACAAAUUGUCGCCAGCGUCAGCUUUGGUGAUGUCCCUGUGGGUGGCAAUGCUGCUGAAAAGUUGCUAGUGUUAUCCACUUCUCUCUUUAGUAAAUCUGACGUUUAGGGGCAGAUUUAUUAAGGGUCGAAUUUCGAAG